GGACUGCGGGUGACAGGAAAUGACAAAUAGGAAUGCUCUGUGCUGCGUCACGUGCCCAAAGUUUUACAAUGAUGGCGUUGAGCGCACUGAUGAUGGGCUCAGACAGACGUGUGUGAAGUCGGGUGGUGACUGCUAAUGGCUCGUUGUUCUCUGCUGCUCAUGGUGCUCGCCCUGGCUUCACUGCGGAUGGACGGGGCGAAGGCAGUAGUGUACAAAGAAAUAAAUCCUGCUAAUAUUCGCCUGAGGAUAAGAGAAGAAUCGGACAUCAUCAACGUGACAUGGAAGAAUCCCAACAGGAACAUUAAUGACCAGUGUUAUGAAAGUAACCUGCAAUAUAAGAGUCAAUGUGAUCUAGACUGGCUGGAUUUUGUUCUGCUUUCGUUCAAUUUCACACUCCAGCCUUUUGCGAAAGGCAGCGGGAGAAAUUACACAUUCAGAGUCCGGAUGAAGUACGCGUGUCUCUUCCGUAAUUGGAGCGCAUGGACGGCCGAGUCGCACUGGGGGAAGGGAGACAUUUUGGGCAGCUGCUUUGAGGCUAGCACCAACGCUCAUAUAGUAAUCGUUGUUAUUCCUGUGAUAUUCUUCCUGGUUUUUCUUGUGACACAAAAACAAAUAAGGAGACUCCUCCUGCCGAAGGUCCCUGAUCCAAAGCACAUGUAUGAAGACCUCCUGAAAAUUGAUCAGUCUCAGCUGGAGAAAACAUUUCAAGACCGCUCCGUCGAAUGUGUGACCCUGAAGAUUGAGAUCGUCCAUCCAGAGAAGGAGGAAGAGGGAGAGGAGGAAGGGGAGGAACAGAGCGAGCCGCCCGCUGAGGCUGGCCACACUGAACCGACCGCACUGACCCGGGACACAACGGCAGGGAAACCCACCUGCCCCUCAAACACUCCCGCUCACGCCCUGGCCCGCAACGGCUACGUCUACUGGUGAGCAGGUGAGAGAGGAGAGACACCGCA